AUGCGUUUAUCUCUCAUCGCUCUUGUUGCAUAUGGCCUCAGCCUAGCGCAAGGUCUUGCCGUAAAUUCCGAAACUAAUUCUAUAACACCUGAAUUCGACGGUAAUGCCGCUAUUAAUAAAAUCGAGCCCGUUCUCGCUCGUGCGAACAAGAAACUCGACGCCUGUUCUUCAUUCAAGUUGAAACGAAAGGGAAAAGAUGUUAAGCCCAAGAAGUCCAGAAAGAUAACCAAGAAGAAGAACAAGCGCGCCGAGCUUGACGAACGAACAGACACUCCAAUCUACAUGGGCGAGACCGAUUCUUGGGAUUGGAGUGCAGGAGACACUGCAUAUUCAACUAGUUUCGCGGGAUGUACUGGCCUCGUUCUGUACAAUCAUGCUUCUAUUCUUAUGGCUCAUAUCGAUCCCGAUGAUGAAGAUGACAUAGAUGCAGUCAUUGACGAGAUCGUGUCCCAGGCUAGGGACAUCGGAAUUGUGGGAGCGUCUGCAAAAGGUCAUCUGUUCGUCCAUGUCAAUAUGUCUGCAAGUAAGGCCAGAAAGAUUGUGAGCAGAAUUCGGAGGGAGUUAGGUAUUACCGUAACCGUGACGACGUACAGGGAAAGCACCGCAGCAACGGCGCGUAACUUGGUUGUCACCAAAACUUCUACGCGCGUUACGGUCACUUUCGAACGAGGUGCUCAACCGCCGCGCAGCUAA